CACCUCACUCUUUCACUCUCUCUUUCUCUCUGGCCCAAGAGUUCGAUUUCUCUGAAAAAUUCGGAGAAAAUGCGAAUAAUUAUUCGGCGCCGAACAUUGUAGAGCUAUGUGGAUCGGUGUGCUAGGGUUUCUCGAAGCUCUUUCUUUGCUUCCGAUCGGUGAUCAGGUUUUGAACCUCCGAUUAUCCCCCCAUUUUCUGUUCCUUUGAUUCAGAUCCUCCAACGUUCCGAUUUUGGAUUUCGCAUUCUCCGUUUCCGGAGAUUUGAAGGUUUUUAGCGUUCAUUUGUAUCCAAGUCGCAAUCUUUCUUCGAAUCCCUUGGCGUUUUUGGGACCCGUAGACUGAGAAGAUGCAGCGGCCUCUUCGUCCCGAUGAGUACUCCUUGAAGGAGACAGCGCCGCACCUCGGCGGCGGCGGCGUCGCUGGAGACAAGCUCACCACUACUUACGACCUCGUUGAGCAAAUGCAGUACCUUUACGUCCGUGUUGUCAAAGCUAAGGACUUGCCCCCCAAGGACGUCACUGGAAGCCUGGAUCCUUAUGUGGAAGUGAAGCUUGGGAACUACAAGGGUACCACCAAACACUUUGAGAAGAAGACAAACCCAGAAUGGAACCAGGUCUUUGCAUUCUCCAAGGAGCGAAUUCAAUCCUCGGUGGUUGAGGUUGUUGUCAAGGACAAAGAUUUCGUCAAAGAUGAUUUUGUUGGGAGGGUCCUGUUUGAUUUGAAUGAGGUCCCAAAGAGAGUGCCACCAGAUAGUCCCUUGGCACCGCAGUGGUACCGGUUGGAAGAUAGAAAGAAUGACAAAGUGAAGGGAGAGCUGAUGCUGGCUGUUUGGAUGGGCACUCAGGCUGAUGAGGCCUUCCCUGAUGCUUGGCAUUCAGAUGCUGCCACAGUUCCCAGUGAUGGUUUGGCAAACAUUCGGUCCAAGGUUUACCUCACUCCCAAGCUUUGGUAUGUUAGAGUUAAUGUCAUUGAGGCACAAGAUUUGCUGAUUACUGAUAAGGGUCGGUAUCCCGAAGUGUAUGUUAAAGCUAUUCUUGGGAAUCAAGCUCUUCGGACUAGGGUGUCCACGAGCAAGAAUAUAAAUCCGAUGUGGAAUGAGGACCUGAUGUUUGUGGUGGCUGAGCCGUUUGAGGAGCACUUGAUUCUGAGUGUAGAGGACAGGGUGGGGCCUAACAAGGAUGAGGUGUUGGGAAAAGCCAUUAUUCCUCUGCAGCAUGUUGAGAGGAGGUUGGAUUACAAGGCAGUGAAUAGCAGAUGGUACAAUCUUGAGAAGCAUGUGGUUGUUGAAGGUGAUCAGAAGAAGAAAGAGGUGAAGUUCUCUAGCAGGAUUCAUUUAAGGAUAUGCUUAGAUGGUGGAUACCAUGUCUUGGAUGAGUCAACGCAUUACAGCAGUGAUCUUCGUCCGACAGCAAAACAGCUUUGGAAGCCAAGCAUUGGGGUUUUGGAGCUGGGUAUUCUUACUGCUCAAGGGUUGCUACCCAUGAAGACUAAGGAUGGGCGUGGAACCACUGAUGCUUAUUGUGUUGCAAAGUAUGGGCAAAAAUGGGUGCGCACUAGAACCAUAAUCGAUAGCUUUGCUCCAAAAUGGAAUGAGCAGUAUACUUGGGAGGUGUAUGAUCCUUGCACUGUCAUCACUGUAGGAGUUUUUGAUAACUGUCACUUGCAAGGUGGGGACAAGGCUGCUGGGACCAGGGAUACUCGAAUAGGUAAAGUUCGGAUUCGUCUAUCGACCCUCCAAACAGAUCGUGUCUACACCCACUCCUACCCUCUCCUAGUGUUACUACCUUCUGGGGUGAAGAAGAUGGGUGAGGUUCAGUUGGCUGUUCGCUUCACAUGCUCCUCUCUGCUGAACAUGAUGCACAUGUACUCCCAGCCCUUGCUGCCAAAGAUGCAUUACCUUCAUCCCUUGUCAGUUACGCAGCUUGAUAAUUUGCGACACCAGGCCACUCAGAUUGUUUCAAUGAGGUUGAACCGAGCCGAGCCACCUUUAAGGAAGGAGGUGGUCGAAUAUAUGCUGGAUGUGGAUUCUCACAUGUGGAGCAUGCGCAAAAGCAAGGCUAACUUCUUUAGGAUCAUGAGUGUCUUGAGUGGUCUGAUUGCUGUAAGCAAAUGGUUCGACCAGAUUUGCCACUGGAAGAACCCUCUGACAACCGUACUGAUCCACAUUCUCUUUGUCAUUUUGGUAUUAUACCCUGAGCUGAUAUUGCCGACCAUCUUUUUAUACCUGUUCUUGAUUGGUGUCUGGUACUUCCGUUGGAGGCCAAGGCAGCCACCUCAUAUGGACACUAGGCUCUCACAUGCUGACACUGCCCACCCUGACGAGCUUGAUGAAGAGUUUGAUACAUUUCCUACCUCCCGCUCUCCAGAUAUUGUGAGGAUGAGGUAUGAUCGCCUAAGAAGUGUUGCAGGGAGGAUUCAAACAGUGGUGGGUGAUCUCGCAACUCAGGGUGAGAGAUUGCAGAAUCUGUUAAGUUGGCGGGAUCCAAGAGCUACUGCCCUCUUUGUGACAUUCUGCCUGAUUGCUGCCAUUGUGCUCUAUGUCACACCAUUCCGCGUUGUGGCCUUCCUGGCAGGUUUGUAUGUGUUGAGGCACCCGCGGUUCCGCCACAAGCUUCCAUCAGUCCCGCUAAAUUUCUUCAGGAGGUUGCCGGCGAGAACGGACAGCAUGCUGUGAGAAAAUGACCGCAAAUCCCCUCAGAUAUUCCAUGUUUUGAUGCAAUAUAAGUAGUGGUAAGUAAUGGAGCUUUGUUGGAUGCUUUGUCUCAGAGUGAUAUUGACUCUGUCCCCCUUAUCUGAUGUUGUUGUUAUGAAAGUGUAGCUUUCUUCUCUAUAUCUUCUCCCUUGGCAUCCUGUUCUUGAUGCUAAUGUUUACUUGUAUUUUGCUUGUCCAUUUAUGAAUCUGAACUAUUUGUUGGUAUGAUGACUAGUUUUUAAAUUAAUUUUAGGCCAGGGGAAACCUUGCAUUUUCUCGUAUUU